UGAAGGGCUGGUUGAAUACGGACUGCGACUGCGUGGAAUCGAAAUUCAUGGCUACGUCCGAUAAAGGAUGCGAGCGCACUUUGUUUUGUUACUUGCAAUCCAAUUUGUUGACUUCUGUUAGAACAACGAAAAUACAGGAGCAAAGCAUGAUAAAAAUUGGAGACAACGCCGACUUUGAAGCAGUUACGAGCAGCAAUGGAAUAAGUAUCUCCGUUAGGGCUAUACAAGGACUUGUUCCAACAGCAGACGCAUCAAAUGACAUAUUUCGUGACUUCCUUGUUUUAAGGGCAGAUAGCGGAUGUCUACUUCUGUCACGUGGUGUUUCAGAACACGGUAAACACCUCUGCUUGCUGUGGGGACUAUCCAGAAAGGAAGUUAAUGAGAGUACCAUAUGUUAUGAGUAUAUGAGCUUGGUCUGCAUGGAGAUGUACGACAUCACGAAAAAGGAUAACCCAUGUGAUUAUUACCACAAUACCGAAGCUUCAAGUGAAGAGACGUCUAUUGAAUAAACUGUUUCUGAGAAGAGUACUCCAGGUUGGUUGGUGUAAC